AUGGUGCGGCCUCAAUCAACUCGCGCUCUCGCGCGACUUCAAAACACUGGCCAGAUCUACCAGAAGGGCACGUCUGCAGAUGCUCUGCUCAAGCGUCUCAAGGUCAGUACGUCUUACGCAGCAAUGAUGGCUUCAAUACUCAAUUGACCUUUCGCUCUCACCAUAGGCUCUUCAAAAAGAACUGUCAGAGAUGGAGCAGGAGCAGGUUGAUCUGAGCUCGCUCAAUCCCCUCUGCAAGCAGCUCAUCGCCAAUCCACUCGUGCACCACAAAGUCGAUGCCGUCAAAGGCUCGGUCGCUUGCUGUCUUGCAGACUUGCUCCGCUUGUACGCACCACAAGCACCGUACACAGGCGCAGAAUUGCGCGUGAGUAGAUAGACUGCACCUUCGAUUAGGCGAGAGGUUCGAGAAGUGGUUCGCAUGACCCCAAUCUGACCCGGCCCGGCUCUCGCCCCUCCUCCACUUCAGGACAUCUUCGCAUUCUUUAUAGAUCGACUCACAUCUCCCAAAGGCGGCCUCAGCAAUCCAAGCAGUCCGCUGUACCCGGAUACAUUCUACUUACUGGAGAGCUUAAGCAACGUCAAAAGCAUCACGCUCGUUGCUGAUCUUCAUGGAGCGGACGAGAUGAUGACUGACCUCUUCCGAGGGUUCUUCGAGUUGAUCAGGUAGGUGGGCAACUCCACGCUACCGCUUGUGCGGUGACCAUAUGUCUGACCUUGACUCAAAUCACAGGCCAGAGACGACGAAGAACGUCGAGAUUUGUAUGGCGGACAUUCUCGUCCAGCUAAUCGACGAAUGUCUCAAUGUGCCGCAGGAGGUGCUGGAGAUCCUCAUUGCGUCGUUCCACUCGAAGGCUGAGGUACGUCCGAACGGGGCUUUGAGGGCUCGACUUGGCUGACUUUCUCCCUUCUCCUCCUUCCCGCCACAGAAAGCAAACCCUGCCGCUCACCAGCUGGCGGUCGAGAUUUGCGACGCCACCAAGGAUCGACUCCAGAAGCACGUGGCUCAGGUAUGUAGGACGUGCCGGAUUUUGAACCUGUAGAGCAGGUCGCUCAUACGAUCGCUCUGGGUUGCCAAUGCCACAGUACUUCAGCGAGAUUCUGGUUUCAGUUUCAGAGGAAGAUGAUGUGCAGGACAAGGAGAAAUCUCUCAGAAACGCGCAUCUCCUAGUCGCGCAGAUCAACCGUGCGGUCCCGGCCCUUCUCUUGAACGUCAUCCCUGCACUCGAACAAGAGUUGCGGACCGACGAUACGACAGCGCGCAGCAUUGCAAUCAAGACGCUUGGUCAAAUGUUUGCCGAGACGACUGCGAAGACAGGCGGCGGCGGAGACCUAGCCCGCAAAUACGCAUCAACCUGGAGAGAAUGGCUUGCCCGCGCAAACGACAAGCACCCGACGCUGCGCAUUGCUUGGACAGAGGCGGCUGGGCCGCUGUUCGCCAAUCAUCCGGAGCUCCGUGUUGAUCUGCGCGUUGCUGCGCAGAACAAGCUCGCUGAUCCUGAUGAGCGUGUUCGAGCGUCCAUGGUCAAGGUGUUGGGGAGCACCGACUACGAAACUGCGUUGCACCACGUCGAUUGCGAGAUUUGGCAGGAAAUCGGGAAUCGCUGUCGAGACAAGAAAGCGAGCGUCCGACAGCAUGCAUUCGACGCUUUGGGCCGCAUCUUUCGACUUGCGCGCGGAGAGCUAGAAUCCAGGGACCCGAGCGCGAUCAAGCAAUUCGGCUGGAUACCAAGCUGCGUGCUGAAAGCUAGCUUCGUGGGUGGUCGAGAGAUUGAUAGUCUGGUGGCAGGGACGCUGGACCGUCACAUUCUUAGGUUGCCGGCGUCCGUUGGUGAUGCUGAGGAUGCAGAAAGGUGGACCAGCAGAUUGCUACUGGUCAUGUCCCACUUGGAGGAUGACCGCGCUCGCAAAGCGCUCAUUCGCCACUCCAACCUCAGAAAGGUACGCGAACCAUUCGUACAAUUCGUGAAGGCAUGUGAGGACUACAAUGCCGGCAUCAUUGACAACGACGAAGCGGCCAUCAAGCUGCGCAUGGCAACCAGUAUCAAGAAGAUUUCAUCACUCAUGGCCGACCCACCUCACGCCACUUCUGACCUUCAUGCCUUCGCCAAAGCUAAUGAUAACCGGACCUACAGGCUUCUCCGCAGUCUUUUGGACGCUCAAAGCGAUCUCAAAACCCUUGUCAAGGUCCGCAGCGAGCUCACCUCACGGCUGAAAGACACACAGCCCGGUGUGACGGGAACGAUGGAUCAGCUCUUGCGAAUGUCGUGCCUCUUCUUGGUCAACAAAAGCACAGUACCGACGUUGUUAAAGCGUUUGGAACACAGUGGCUAUUCCAACACCGAGAGCCAGGUGGCUGCAGUCCAUGACGCAGACGAGACAAUGCGCACCACCGAGGCGAUGGAUGCGCGCCAGACAGAGGCGCAAGCUUGCCGCCGCGACUGCCAAUUUUUGCUUCGCGAGAUCUCCAAGGCUUGCCCGCAGCUUUACUCGGCGCAUGUCCCUCUGCUUCUCAAAGCCCUCAACGUGCAAGGCUGCGACGCGCUGUUGACAGAAAGCCUUCGCGCCCUUGGAGCCCUCGCGAAUGUAGAGCCAGCAACUGUGGUGGCAGACCGGAAAGUCGUUGAACGUGUUCUUCAUUUGGUCCGCAGUGGCACUGUGCUGCAAUCAAAGUACGCUGCGCGUCUCCUGGCUGUGCUAGGAGCCAGUCCUUCAAAGUCCAAGGUUGACAAGUCGACAACCUCAGUCGUCGACAACAGGACCAGGUCGAUUGCCCAUGCAAGCUUGGAGCAGUUGGCUGAAGAGCUCACCCGGCGCCUUGGGAAAAGUGUUGGAGAGCGUCUGGUCGCAGAUCUUGCCGCACUGGGUCAGAUCGUCAAGUACGCCAGCGAGACUGCUGCGGAUGUGGGCGACGCUAUCGUCAAAACCGUGCUCACCGGCAUUUUGAUGAAGCCGUGGGGCAAGGACAACGUGGAGGAUGUCAAGGGCGAGGAUCAGCUCGAAGCAUGGGUCGAGGACGAGGAGAUGACAGCAGACUUGCGAGCUAAGUUGCUUGGCCUCGAUCUUCUGAUGAAGCGCUGCGUCGCUUUUGCGAACGCAGAAGGCGUCACGGACGUGGCCAUGCCGGUGUUCAGACUUCUCUUCGCCACGCUCAUGGAGGGCGAGCCCCGUAAAUUGGGCGCUCCCCCUGCUGCCAAGAGUCGGAUGCGCUUGCAAGCAUCACUCUGCGUGCUGAAGAUGGCACGCGUGGAAGCUCUGGAAGCCUUCAUCAAGCGCGAAUUCACCGAGCUUGCGCUUGUCAUCCAGGACCCAUGCUUCCAGGUGCGCCAAACUUUCCUGCACAAGCUGCUGAAAUAUCUGCGCUUCAGACGACUUUCUCCUCGAUUCAACGCCAUACCCUUCUUGGUGGCUUUCGACCCAGAAAAGGAGAAUCAGGACAUGGUGGUCAAUUACGCUCAGAGCAUGUACCAGCCCAUGCCGCCCGAAUUGCGUGUGAAGCACUUUGAUGUCUCUUUUGUGCGAUUUCUGCACCUUCUCGCCCACCAUCCGGACUUCUCUCGAGAGCGUUUAGACGAAGUUGUGGACCUUGGAAAAUACAUCGACUUUUGGCUGGAUAGCCUCGGCACUUCGCAAAAUGUCAGCUUGCUCUACUACUUGUCUACUCGUCUCAAGGGUAUCCGCGACACCGAGAGUCCUGGGCACUCGGACAACCUGUACUGUCUCAGUGAGCUUGCUCAGCUUUACAUCAAGCUGCGAGCCAACCGAGAGAAUUGGACAAUUUCCAGCUACCCGGGAAGAGUCAACUUGCCAUCGGACAUCUUUAGACCUCUUCCAAGUCGUGAGGUCCAAAAGGAGGUGAGUCAACAUCAUGACGUGCUCCCUGCACUCCUUGCUCACGCUUGGCAGCACCACUCUAGGUGUACGAACGCGUCUUUCUGCCAGACACGAUGGUCUCCGCCCUCACUGAGAAGUAUGCAUCGUCAGGAUCCAAGGUGAGCAACUGAUCAAGCGAAGCCUAGCAUUACAACGACAGGGCUGACCAGACCCCUUGCGUGCUUCCCUAAGCAGAAGCCUCGUGUGCCCAAGGCACCCAAGAUUCGGAAGCCGGCCACGCAACGUGAUGUCACGAAGCCCAAAAAGAAGCGCGCCCGGAAGGAUGAUGGUGAUGAGGACGGUGGGGCGACCACGUCGGGUGCGUCAGAUAUCGAGAACAAUUCUGACGACGACUUGAGUUCUGCGGAAGAGGCAGAAGCCGCAGAUGGAGCUGAAGGGGGAGGCAGGGGCGCCCGCUCGAAGCGCAAGAAAGAGCAAGCUGUGCGCGCGAGGAACGAAGCCAAACGGGCCAAGAAAGCUGCCGGCGUCUCGAGGAGAACGGAGAGUGAUGGCGAUUCUUCGGAGCUCAGCGAUGAAGAGGAAUAA